AUGGCUCUUAUGCUCGUUUUGUCCUGCUUCCACGUGGCAGAGGCUGGCACUUGGCUCUCUUUCAAUGACUUUAAAGAGGACGGUAUGGGAGAGCCGUCCCGUCGUUUGGGAGAUGUCGUUUCGUUGUGCAAGGAAACGCAGAAGCGUCUAGCAAAGCGAGCUCACAUGGGCGAACGCGUCAUUCGCGCUCAACAGGAGAGCGAGGCAAUCUGUCGUCUUCUCAUGAAAAUGGGUCGUCGUUGA